CGCGAGGUUUCGUGCCUUUCGACCGGCGUGGACUUGAGCCGGCAGGAGCUUUGGGAGUAGGUUGGACGGUCGGUGAGGCUGUUCGGCGGCAUGAAUAGACACUAGUUGAGCGAAGUGGGGCACGGAUUCGCCGGCAUGUUGAUCUCCGGGUUAAUGCGCGUGUGUCGCCCGAGGUGUUGCACAGAUUUCGGUUCAAGGUUAAUGUCCAUUCUAUCUGGAGGAAAUGAUUUGCCAUCAAAUCUCCGUCUCCAAGCAAACUUAUUUCAGAUUGAGAAGAAAGAACCAUCCCCAAUUGAUUCUGGGGCGCCAGUUUUGAGAAAGUGUGAAAUUGCUAUUCCUUCGCAUCUAAAGCCCAGUCAAGCUUGGCUGGAGUCUCUGCGGGGCUAUGAUGCUGAAAACUUGGGUGUCGUUGAAUUACAUCCUGAUGUUUUUGCAGUACAUCCAAGAAUUGACAUUCUACAUGAAGUUGCAACUUGGCAGAAAAACUUUAAAAGAAUAAGUCAUGCUAAAGUGAAGACACGAGCUGAAGUAAGAGGAGGAGGUAAAAAACCAUGGAAACAAAAAGGAAGUGGUAGAGCACGCCAUGGAAGUAUCCGAUCACCAAUAUGGAGAGGAGGUGGUGUUUCCCAUGGUCCUCGAGGGCCAACUAGUUAUUAUUACAUGUUGCCCAUGAAAGUUCGCGUACUGGGCAUGAAAAUAGCUCUUACCAUGAAGCUUGCACAGGAUUACCUUCAUAUUAUUGAUUCUUUGGAGAUGCCAAGCCCAGAUCCUCAGUAUCUUCGUGACUUGGUAUCACAUAGGCACUGGGGAGAUUCUGUUCUGAUUGUUGAUGUUAAUGAAAAAAUGCCAGAAAAUAUUUUGGAAGCAACAAAACAUUCCAAAACUAUAACGGUGAUGCCUGUCUUGGCACUGAAUGUUUACAGCAUGCUGAAACAUGAGACCUUGGUUCUAACAUUGGAUGCAGUUGGUUUUCUAGAGAAGAAGCUUUUGUGGCAUGAUACCAGAUUCUCCCCCAUCUAUCCAUUCAAACUACCUUACAGUGACUUUUCUUGAGAAUAAAGUGUAAAAAUGGGUUUUAAAAAUAAGCUUUUAUUUUAUUUCAAUAAAAUAAUUGAAUUGAU